AUGAAUUGCUUCUAUGCAUUCCAUGUGCAAAUAUGCACAUCAUUAACAGAUGGGAUUUCAUCAUUUGAAGAUGUCUUAUCUAACAAUGUUCUGAGAUUUUUUGUAGGGGUCAUAACUUGUAUUACAUGUUUUGGAAACCUUGCCAUCAGAAUGACAUCAAUUAUCAAAACAGAAAAUGAGAUGCACACCAUGUCUAUCAAAAUUUUACACUGCUGUGCUGAUUGUCUAAAGGGGGUGUAUUUGCUCUUCACUGGAGUUUUUGAUGUUAGAUAGUAUAAAAAAUAUGCUCUGCUGUGGAUAGAAAGUUUACCAUAACAUAUUAUGGGGUUCAUCAUCAUGCUACCUACAGAGGUGUCAGUCCUGUUGUUGCCAUAUCUGACAUUGGCAAUAUUUCCCCUCAGUAAUAUCCAUCCUGGAAAGCAGCAGACUGUAGUGAUUUUUAGAUCCAUGUGGAUUGCUAGAUUUGCCAUAGCAGUAAUCCCAUUCUGGGAUGAGGACAUUUUUGGAAAUUAUUACAGGGAAAAUUGUUAAUUGAAUUCUGAUUGAAUAGAAGAAAUUGGAAGCAAUGGGGUUUUCCUUGAUAUAUUUCUAGGUAUGAAACUGCUAGCCUCUAUCAUCGUCAUGUAUUCAUAGGUCAGUAUAUUUUGUUCUGUUCAAAAAACUGCCCUUCAGACAUCAGAGGUAAGGAGUCGUGUGUGCAGGGAUGUUGCUGUUGCCAAUCAGUAUUUUUUUACCGUAUUCACUGAUGCCAUCUGCUGGAUUCCUGUCUUUGUCAUUGAAAUUCUCUCCUUAUUCCAGGUAACACUAUACCCUUCCUGGGCAGUGAUAUUUGUUCUGCCAAUACACAUUGACUUGAACCUCAUUCUCUAUACUCUCGCAACUAGUUUCUUUAAGGAGAAGUUGAAGCAGUCACUGGACAGUCAUUGAAGAAGGGCAAUGUUCUGAAAUGAUGAAAAAAAUUUGGCCACUUCAGUCAUGCAGACAGACGAUCCCCUCACCCAUAGCUCUUCAUUCACGCUUGGAUUUUUAAACAAUAACUACUCAGGACAGUGCUAA